GUUAUUGGAGCCACAACGUAAGUAUAGGUCUCUUUGGACCGCUUUCUGGUUUGUAACGGAGCGCCAACGGAUGCACCGCAAAAAAGCGACAUUGAAUUCAUUAUGAUAAUUGCAUCGAAAGUAAGCUCCAGAGCAUUACGGGUUCGCAGCUGUCGCGCUCGUCGGCUGUCCGGGCCCUGCCGCUGUUCCGCUCGCCCAGAGUCCAGCUUUCAGAGCGUGCUCCAAGAGUGCGCUUAUGUGCAGCAAACGAUAGACAGCCUCGGGCCAGUCCCGCAAGCCAUCUCAGAAAGUUGGGGCGAGGCUUGGGCACAGCGAGUCGAGCAGGCGACCUCGCAGCCUCUGUUACUGCAGCUGGACGAUGGAGAGUCCUGCGAGGUGGUGGUUGUGGGGGUCAACCAUCGCGACCCCUCGAACCUGGCGUUCAUCCUCGAGAUUGCGCAGGCCACGCAGCCCGAUGCGGUCGCGCUGGAAGCCCGGGCCGGCUUCCUGGACACCUACCGGCAGCUGACUGCCGCUGUGCCACCGCAGCUGCUGGAGCGCGUGGCGUGGAUGCCGCUGACCGGGGGCCUGCAGGAGGCCAUGGACCACAUCACCUUGGAGGACAGACUGGACUGGCAUGCCGCGCUGUACGAUGCCAAUGCCCGAAUGGCGGCAGCGGCAGCGCACCAGCAGCACAACCGCGACCUAGCCUCAGCCCACGAGCCGUUUUGGCCCCAGCACGAGCACCAGCAACAGCACCAGCAGCAGCAGGUGCCGCCCCACCACCAGCACCACCAGCACCAGGCUGCGGCGGCUGCGGCGUACGGCAGCAGUGCGCUGGCUCCGGCGGCCCUGCGGCAGGCGCUGCUGGGCGGGGGGCCUCGGGACCUGGCGCUCAGCGACAAGGUGGCGGCCAUCGUGGUGGCCAACGAGCUGGACGUGCCGCUUCACGGCCUAGAGCUGGACGACCCCCUCGCCUACGCCGCACUGCUGGCCGGGCCGCUGGGAGGCGGGGUGGGUGGGGCGGGCAGCAGCAGCAGCAGCAGCAGCAGCAUGGAGGAGACGGCGGUGGCGAGCAGGAGCCAGGACGGCCCUGCUGGCGCCGGCCGCCUGCACGGCAGCAGCGGCGGCAACAGUGGUAGCAGCAGUAGCAGCAUUGGCGGCGCUGCAGCGGCGGCUCGCCAUGCGCAUCCGCAGCAGCUGCAGCCACAGCAGCAGCAGCAGCAACUGCAGGGGGAGCAGCAAGAGGAAGCGGCGGCCCUGGCUGCGGCGCAUGAGGCGCUGGUGUGGCGGCAUGUGGCGGAGUACCGGCCACAGCUGGCGGCGGCGUUCAGGGAUUGGCUGGACACCGCGGCGGCGCAGCUGCUGGCGCCGGCGGGAGCCGGGGAGGAGGACAGCGGCAACGGCAGCGGCAACAGCAACAGCAACAGCAACAGCAACAGCAACAGCAACAGCGCGGUCCUGGCGCAGCUGGUUGUGUCCGCGCUGUCCAGCCUCAUGCCGCAGUGCCUGCCGCCGGCGGCGCACCUCCGCCUGACGGCCGCCACAGACCGGCUGUUCGUGCGCGGCACGGCAGUAGCAGCGGCAGCAGCGGAAGCGCCUGGCGGGGGCGGCGGGGGCGGUGGCACUGUGGGGUCGCAGGACGGCGCAGUGGAGGGGGGCGCGGCAGCGCCUCGCGGCGGCGGGCAGCUUGCGGCAGCAGCUGCACAGCAGUAUAUGCAGCUUACGGAGGUGAGAGAGGCGCACUUUCUGAGGCGCCUGCGCGCCAUCGCGGCGAGCGGUGGCCCCCGCGGCCGCCGCCGCCAGCGGGUGCUGGCGGUGGUGGGCCGCUCCCACGCCGACCGCCUGCUGGCCGCGGCGGCGGCUGCAGCGGGCGCCAGCUGACAACAGCAGAAGCAGCAGCAGGAGCAGGAACAGCAGCAGUAACAGGAGCAGCAGCAGGAGCAGUGACAGGAGCAGGAGCUGCUGUGGCUGCACGUGCACUAAAAGGCGCUGUGCCAGAGGGCAGCAGCGUUACGGCAGACGGAGACUGAAGAAUUGGUUUGAUUGCUGUUGAGGGAACGGGCCCGCGGGGGUGAGUCAUCUGCCAAGCAGGCAACAGCAGCAGCAGCAGCAGCAGCGGCAAUACAGCACCGCGGGUGGUGAGGAACUGCUGUGGGCGCUCAUCGAGCACGUCUGGCAGGCCGGUGGCCGCCGGGAAGCGGCGGCUGUCCUGCCCAACGCUACUCGUGGCGAGCCCCACACCCGCCCGGCCCCUCACUUGCAGACGCCGCCGAGUCCGCACUCAACCCCGAUCGCAGCUGACCCGCGGUGGGCACUACCACCACUACCAGCACGCUCGCGCCCCCCCUGCUGCUGCUACUGUGGAUGCUACUGCUGCUGCUACUAUGGCUGCUAUUGUGGCGGCGGCGGUGGAUGUGAUACUAUCUGCGGACUCGGCAGCGGACCAGGCGCGUCAGCAGCAGUGGCCCGGCUGCGACUAGGUCGGGGCGCUUCGGGCGGCACGCCCCGUCGCCGGCGCCGUCUGUGCAGGUGCCCGCGCUCAGUAGCCAAGGGCGAGCAAGAGUGCUAUUCAUACUAUGUAUUCCUAUAUGUGCACAACAUGAAGAAUGCGCCGCACACGUGUGACGCUGCAUGUGGUUGUGGUUGUGGCCGUGUUGAUUGGCAGGAUGUUGGAGCAGCAACCGUAGUGGACAAGAACGUGAAAUGGAAGGACUGUCGUUGGCACGGCACCACCUUGUGUUGCAUCUUUAUUUCAGCUGCAUGCGGCACACGUGGCAGCAGGUGAAUCAAAUUAUGACACGCCGGGAAACAUGGCCUGGUCUUUGCACGAGGCGGCUGUCCGGUGGCUAUUGUGGCGGUGUGACACGUGAACGCAUUGCCGCAUGGGUCACUACCACGAAGGGCACACCGUGCUUAAGGACACGCCAUGCUCAAUCAAACUGGCUAGCGCGGUUGCAGGCUGCUGCACGCACAGCGGUCUGGCAGUGUGCUCAUGUGCUGUUGCAGGCAGUGAAAAGCACAGCCCCAAUGUCCCCUAGUCAAUCAUGCAUAGACAGGCCGUAGGACAGUACACUCUUAGCUC